CUUUACAUCUAGAAUGGGGCGUCUCUCCAUCCUCUGCGCAUUCUUCCUUCCACUGCUCAUUGCCAGAUGUGAGUCUGUGGAAAUUUUUGGUGGAAAUGAAGCCAAACCUCAUUCUAGACCAUACAUGGUACUACUGAAAAACCCAGGAUUCUGUGGAGGGACCUUAAUUCGUCCCAAGUGGAUUUUAACUGCAGCACACUGUAAAAUUGAUUACAAUACAGAGGUUAUCCUCGGUGCUCAUAAUUGGAAGGAAAGAGAAAAAGAACAGCAGAAACUUAAUGUUUCCAAGUGGGUUCCACACCCUGAUUUUAAUUCUUAUCAAAACGAUAUUCAGCUUGUGCAGUUAAAGGGUGCAGCCAAAAUAAACAAAUUUGUGAAAGUUUUUCCACUCCCGACCGAUGAAAAAAAAGAAGCAAGAUUGUGCAGCACUGCGGGAUGGGGGUUCACAAGUAGCGCAAACAUUCAGUCAAAUGUUCUACGGGAAGCAAAUUUAACAAUUGUUGCCAAAACCUUCUGCCAAAAAGUCUACAAAAAUCAUAAAAUCACCAGCGACAUGAUCUGCGCAGGACCACUACAGAACCAACGUGAUAAUAUAGGCCGUGGCGACUCUGGAGGACCUCUAAUUUGUGGUAAUUCACUGAGAGGAAUUGUGUCAUUUGGGUUUAACGCUCGCAACCUAGCACCUGGAGUUUAUACAAGACUGGGAGCAAAAUAUCUGAACUGGAUAAAGACAACUAUUCAUGGUGCUUUCUAA